AUGUCAGCAGCCAGACUCUUCACAAGCGCCUCGCGGCUGCUUUCACAGCGAUCUGCCCUUUCCUCCUCGAUACGACCUUCCUUCCGCAGAGUCGCACCUAUAUCUCUUCCUGCAAUCCGAGGAUAUGCCUCUGGCUCACAGCAGACGUUCACGGUCCGUGACGCGCUUAAUGAAGCACUGGCAGAGGAGCUUGAACAGGAUGAAAAAGUGUUCAUACUAGGAGAGGAGGUGGCUCAAUACAAUGGUGCAUACAAAGUCACCAAGGGACUUCUAGAUCGCUUCGGCCCUAAAAGAGUCAUCGACACGCCAAUCACAGAAUCUGGUUUCUGCGGUCUAGCUGUGGGUGCAGCUUUGGCCGGUCUGCAUCCCGUCUGCGAGUUCAUGACGUUCAAUUUCGCCAUGCAGGCGAUUGACCAGAUCAUUAACUCGGCGGCAAAAACCCACUACAUGUCCGGCGGCAUCCAACCCUGUCCGAUCGUUUUCCGAGGCCCUAACGGUUUCGCCGCCGGAGUGGCUGCUCAACAUUCACAAGACUACUCAGCGUGGUACGGGAGUAUUCCUGGGUUGAAAGUGGUCGCCCCGUGGAGUGCGGAGGACGCAAAGGGGCUGUUGAAAGCCGCUAUCCGAGAUCCCAAUCCUGUGGUUGUCCUGGAGAACGAGCUGCUUUACGGCCAGGCCUUCCCCAUGAGCGCAGAGGCUCAAAAGAGCGACUUCGUCCUCCCCUUCGGCAAGGCAAAGAUUGAACGACCAGGCAAGGACCUGACGAUUGUGACUCUCUCCCGCUGUGUGGGCCUGUCAAUGGACGCUGCAGAACAGCUGAAAAAGAACUACGGUGUCGAAGCAGAGGUCAUCAACCUCCGUUCAAUCAAGCCAAUGGAUGUGGAGGCCAUUAUUAAAUCGGUCAAGAAGACGGGUGUUCUCAUGGCAGUCGAAUCCGGCUUCCCUGCCUUUGGAGUUGGUGCAGAGAUCCUUGCUCUGGCCGUCGAAUAUGGGUUCGACUAUCUUCAGGCACCACCGGUUCGUGUUACCGGGGCGGAGGUUCCCACCCCCUACGCACAGAAAUUGGAAGAGAUGAGCUUCCCCCAGGUUGAUACCAUCACAAACUAUGCAGCGAAGCUACUCAAGGUGUGA